UCUAGGGAAAAGAGGGACAGGUACAGAGAUUGCAAAUGGUGGGAUCCACCUUCAUCAGAGUUUGAUGCACAUUAGCAGAAUCACUUCUUCCUCGGAGUAAGAAUUGAUAACUUCCAAAGUUGAAAUCGCGGCGUUAGAGAAUCGAUACUUUCUGCUCCCGGGCGCCGCUGCAACAAGAAUAACUCAACGACGCCUACAGAGGAGAGCCGGUCAGGCCUUUCCCAGGCGCUGUCCUCGGAAAUUACCCGGAGCUUCAUCACCGCUGCAGCCCCGUCGCGACAAUGUCGUCUGUCAAAGUUGAAUGCAUUGUGCCAGUGAACUGCAAGAUUGGAGAAUCGCCUGUAUGGGAGGAAAAGGAAAAUUCCCUUCUUUUUGUAGAUAUAACUGGCCAAAAAGUCUAUCGAUGGACUUCUCUCACCAAAGAACUGCAAAGUAUUUCUGUGGAUGCCCCAGUGAGCACUGUAUCACUUCGUAAAUCUGGUGGCUACAUUAUUACACGGGGAACCCAGUUUGCAGCUCUUGACUGGAAAAAGAAGUCCAUUACCACCAUUAUUGAUGUGGAGAAGGAUAAACCCAACAACCGAUUCAAUGAUGGGAAAGUGGAUCCUGCAGGAAGAUUAGUUGCAGGUACAAUGUCUCAGGAGAUUCGUCCUGCGGUGGUUGAGCGGCACCAGGGCUCACUCUACACUCUCUUUCCUGACCAUUCUGUGGUGAAACAUUUUGACAAGGUGGACAUCUCCAAUGGUUUGGAUUGGUCUCUGGAUCACAGAACCUUCUUCUACAUCGACAGCCUUUCGUACCACGUUGAUGCCUUCGAUUAUGACCUGCCAACUGGGAAGCUUUGCAACCGGAGGAGCAUAUACAAAUUGGAAAAGGAAGAAUCCAUUCCUGAUGGGAUGUGUAUUGAUACAGAGGGGAAGCUUUGGGUGGCCUGUUAUGGUGGAGGACGGGUACUCCGUAUAGAUCCUGAAACAGGAAAAAGAAUUCAGACAGUGAAGCUGCCUGUAGACAAUACAACUUCUUGUUCUUUUGGUGGAUAUGAUUAUUCAGAACUGUAUGUCACUUCUGCUGGACUGGAUGAGUCGUCUCUCAUACGACAACCCCAAGCUGGUGGCGUUUUCAAGAUUACUGGCCUUGGGGUGAAAGGAAUCCCACCAUAUUCAUAUGCAGGUUAAUACAUACUCUUGAAGACACAAAUAUCAAAACAAGGACGGAAGGAAGACAGCAUUGCAUCACUGCAGAGUUUAUCUAUCUUGUUUUUUAGAAGCUAUAAAAGGAUGGUAGACCAACAAGUACAGGAAGAAUUUCCCAAGCCUUGAAUUCAGAUUUGAAUUGUGUCCAAUUUGCUUUUUUAUUAUAGCUGACUGAAAAAAUGUUUUUACUUUCUCUUAAAUCAAUAUUUUAAAUAAAGU